AUGGCGGCAAAAGAAACAAAAGAGAAGCUCGAUGAUCUCAACACCACAUCAUUUUUAAAUGCACCUCAUAGCCGUCUCAUAUGCCGUGAAAAUAGCCCCAUUGACUAUAAACGCCCGAGCCACCGUUGUCCCCAAACCCCUCCACAGCACACCAGGCCCUUCCUCCCUCACACUCUUCCUAAAACAAUCCACAAUCCCAUCAUACUUACCAAACGCAGACUCCGCCUGAAUCCUCGUCUUCACCACAUCCAACGGAUAACAACACAUCCAGCUGGCAACCCCAGCCAUCCCCCCAGCCAGGACCAUUGUCCCUAA